AAGUCAGUCAAGAGCUCAGUCUUAAGUUUACUCUGUUUUAGUCUUUCUCUUUCUCUCUCUGUGAAGAUUUUUGAGUUUUGAUCGUACCGCGAUGGAGAAGGCGAAACAGCACAUCGAGGAGAUCAGGAGGACCAAAUUCUCCAUUGGAGGCAACCUUAAUCCACUCACUGAGGAUCUUCAUCAAGCGGUUAAGAACCUCUCUGCUGAACUUUACGCCAAAGACGUCCAUUUCCUCAUGGAGCUUAUACAGAACGCUGAAGAUAAUGAGUACGUCGAGGGAGUGGAUCCUUCGUUAGAGUUCAUAAUCACGUCUAAGGACAUUACGGCGACCGGAGCUCCGGCAACUCUGCUGAUAUGCAACAACGAGCGAGGGUUUUCUUGUAAAAACAUUGAAUCGAUUUGCAGUGUGGGUCGUUCAACUAAGAAAGGGAACAGAAAGCGUGGCUACAUUGGGGAAAAAGGUAUUGGAUUCAAAAGUGUGUUCUUGAUCACUGCAAGGCCGUACAUAUUCAGUAAUGGAUACCAGAUUCGUUUCAAUGAAGAACCUUGCGAGCACUGCAAUGUUGGCUACAUUGUUCCUGAAUGGGUUGAUGAGAAUCCCACUCUCCCUGAACUCCAGCAGAUAUAUGGCACUUCUGGUUCUGGUCUUCCAACCACAAUUCUCAUCCUGCCAUUGAAGCCUGACAAAGUCAAACCAGUGAAGCACCAACUGUCUACAAUUCAUCCCCAAGUUCUUCUCUUCCUCACAAAGAUCAAGAAACUCUCUGUCAGGGAAGAUAAUGAAGACCCCAGACUCAAUACUGUGAAUGCAAUUGCAAUAUCGCAAGAGACAGAUUUUAGGCAGAGAAAAAACAUUGAUGCUGAAUCAUUCACUCUCCACUUAUCUGCAGAAGAGAAUGGAACUGAAAAGGAAUGCAUGUUCUAUAUGUGGAAGCAGAAGUUUGCUAUUCAACCCAAGUACAGAGUUGAGAAGAGAGCAGAGAUGGAGGAGUGGUCUAUCACGCUGGCAUUCCCAUUUGGUGAACGUCUUCGAAGGGGAACACACUCGCCUGGUGUUUACUCUUUCCUUCCUACAGAAAUGGUAACCAACUUUCCGUUCAUUAUCCAGGCUGAUUUUCUCUUAGCAUCCUCAAGGGAGACAAUUCUUUUGGACAACAUUUGGAACAAAGGAAUUCUUGAAUGUGUGCCUAUUGCAUUCAUAGACGCAUUUAAGUCUAUGGUGAAGACUAGUGAAGAUGCACCUGUGUGGAAUUUGCCUGAUAAGUUCAGAUUUUUACCUGUUAAGGCUUCUAACUACCAAGAGCUCAAUGUGGUGAGGGAUGCCAUUAAAGCAAAGCUACUUGAAGAGGAGAUUGUCCCAAGUGAAAUGGUGGUGAAGCAGAAGUUUUUCCACAAACCAUGUGAUGUUGGAAGGCUAAUGCCUGCUUUCUGGAGUAUUUUGGACAAGGCUCGACAACAAGGGGUGAGCUUGCAUAAGCUCUCUUCUCAUGGGAAAUACAUAUUGAGUUCUUCAUUUGACCGGGAAGAAUUUGAUGACAUUCUCAAUUUUUUGGAAGUUCAACAAGUUGAUAAUGAAUGGUAUGCAAAAUGCAUCGAGGGUUCUAGUCUUGUCGAUAGAGUCUCUGACCCUGUUUAUUUGGAGCUUCUAAUGUUUAUUGCUGAUAAUUGGAGUACCAAAUUUCAGUGCACAAACAUCAAUAAUAUACCCCUUAUAAAGUAUGAAGAUCAUAGUGGGAAUAUCUCUAUGUUCAGCAUCAGUGAAUCUGUAACCUGGGAUGGUAAAAGUAAGGUUUACCUAUCACUUCUUCCUAAUCAAGACUCUUGGUUGAUUGAGUGGAACAAGGAGUUCGGGUCUGUAAGCAAUUGCUUUUUCCUUCCAAAAAUAACAAUGGAUGCUAUACGGUCAAGCUCCAGAGCAGUGACACUGUUGAAAUGGCUUCAAGGCAAUGUAAAGGUUGGUGCAGUUGACGUUAACAGUUAUUCCGAUCUCCUAUGCAAGUCGCAUUUUAAGGAGGGGAGACUUGUUAUAUCCUAUGCCCACUUCUUGUAUCACUCCAAGUCAAAGGAUUAUCUCUCGAAGCAGCAAGUUAUUGAUUUGUGUAGCAGUAUGCCAGUUGUUGACAGCUACGGCCAUGUUAUUACUCAAAGAAGUGGAGUUCUUGUCCCUGCCAAUGGAAGCAAAUGGGCAGGGUUGUUUGUUUCAAGCUUAUGGAGACGAGAAGACUAUGUUGAGUUAAGUAGUGACUAUUUGAGUCCUGGCAGUCACUGUAAACUGAGUACACCUGAAAAUGUGCUCCUUCAAUUCCUUAAAGAUCAUGCUGAUGCCAGUGAUGUUCCUCAUAUACCUCCACCCAAUGCUCGGAUCCCUGCUGUGUCUGGAACACUAACAAAGCAAAAUGCUUUCCUUCUGUUGGAUUGGAUAGAUUACUGGAGAAGUAAAAGGUCCCACUUCCCCAACAAUUUCUUGUCGAGCAUAAUGGAAGGAAGCUGGCUGAGAAUCACCCUGAAUGGAUCUCGUGGCUCCAGACCACCUCCUCAAUCUUUCUUUCUUAGCAACUCAUCGCAUUCAUGGGGAAGUAUUAUGCAGAAUGAAUCUGUGCUUGUUGACAUUCCUUUGGUUGAUGUUAACUACUAUGGGAAUAAAAUAAAGGAGUAUAAGGAAGCAUUGAAAACAGUUGGUGUCAUGUCUGAGUAUGAAGAAGCUUGUAAAUUCAUUGGUGAACAUCUCAUGUCCCUGGCGGAUUAUGGCACAUUGACUAGAAGCAAUGUCAUUUCGAUUCUCAAAUUCAUAAGGUUUUUGAGGUCCAAAUGUCUUUCUCCAGAGGAAUUUAUCAACAGCAUCAAGGGAAAGAGAUGGUUACGCACAUCUAAUGGUGACAGGUCUCCAUGUGAAUCUGUUCUGUUUGACAAUGACUGGAAUACUGCACUGAAAAUCAGUGACAUUCCUUUUAUUGAUGAGCAAUACUAUGGUGAAGAAAUUCGCACUUUUAAAACAGAACUUGGAUUGCUGGGUGUGGUGGUUGCUUUCAGUGGAAAUCACCAGCUUGUAGUUGACUACCUCAAGUCAUCUUCACACUUGAAUUACCUUUCCUCUGAUUCUCUACUUUUGAUACUGCAAUGCAUGCGUUCUGUAUCUCAACGCUCAGUUCGAAAGAUUGUUGGAGCAUUACAAGGUACAAAAUGUUUGAAGACAAAAGCUGGUUACAAGUCAUCUGGUGAAUGCAUCCUAUAUGACCCCGAAUGGGGUUGCCUUCUUCAGGUUGUCGAUGGUAUACCAGUGAUGGACCCAAAUUUUUAUGAGAAGAGCCUGUACAAUUAUAAAGAGGAGUUAAAACUAAUUGGAGUGGUGGUGGACUUUGAAGGAGCUACUAAAGUAUUUGCUAACUUUUUCAAAGAGCGAGCUUCAAAUAGAUCCAUAACCAAACAGAUUGUGUUGUCCCUUCUCUCAUGCUAUAGGAAGCUACAAGAAAGUACUCAUAAGUUUCCUGCUGAUCUCAAAACUUGUAUCCGUGAGGUCAAGUGGUUGAGGACAUGCCAUUGUGAUUAUUACAGGUCUCCAAAAGAUUGCAUUCUAUUUGGUUCUGAAUGGGAGUCCAUCUUUCCUAUUUCGCGUCUUCCUCUCAUUGAUGAUAGUGAUAAUGGCUAUGGCAAAGGCAUCCAUGAAUAUAAGAAAGAGCUGAAGAGUAUGGGAGUAGUGUUAGAUUUCAAGGAUGGGGUCAACUUCGUAGCUGGUGGUCUUCGCUUUCAUGAUAUCAACCUUAUCACUCCUUCAAAUGCACUUUCAUUGCUGAAGUGUAUCCGUCUUUUGAUGCAGAAGAAAGAUUACACUUUUCCUGAGAAUUUCUCAAAAGAACUUUCUCGAGAUUGGUUAAAGACAAAUGAUGGUUAUAGGCCUCCUAACAAGUGCAUCUUGUUUGAUUCCAAAUGGGGUCAAUGCCUAAACUGCACAGAUGGACCGUUUAUUGAUGAGAAGUUUUAUGGUUCGGAAAUCGCUUCCUAUAAAGAAGAGCUCAAGGCCAUAGGAGUGAUUGUUGAAGUGGAGAAUGGAUGUCAGUUAAUUGCCAGCCAACUUGGUUCCCAUACUGAGUUGUCAAAAAUUGUAAGGAUCUAUGAUUACUUGAGUAAAUUCAAAUGGGAGCCCAAAAGUGAGGACAGAAAGAUAUGGAUCCCAAAUGGUAGUCAUAAGGGAGUUUGGGUUAGUCCAGAAGAUUGUGUAAUUUCUGACAAGAGUGAGCUAUUCAGCUUACAGCUGACCAUCCUGGACAAAUACUAUGAUCACAAUCUUUUCUUCUUCUCAAGUGCUUUCCAAGUCAAAAACAGUCCUAGUAUUGAGGACUACUGCAAGCUUUGGAAGGUUUGGGAGAACUCGGGACACUCAUUGUCACAUGAUCAGUGCUGGAAAUUUUGGAGUUACAUCAUUAGACAUUCAUCAUCGAAAGAAGAAAAAUCCUUUCUUUAUGAGCUGGAGAAAGUUCCUACUGCCAAUUCAGGCUGCAAUGACAUUGUGCUGCUAAACAAGCAUGAUGUUUUUGUAGCUGAUGAUCUUCAGCUGAAGGAUCUUUUUGAACAAUGCUCUGCUCAACCCAUUUUCGUUUGGUAUCCUCAGCCAAGCAUGCCUGUUCUUCCUCGCACUAAGUUGCUCGAAGUUUUCCAAAAGAUCGGUGUUCGCACAAUCUCUGAAUCUGUUAAGAAAGAAGAGGUUUCUAUAACAAAAGAUGCUGAAAAUGAGCAGGUGGUUUCGAAGGAUGCUUUGAUUGGGAAAGGUUUGAUAAAGCUUAUACUUGGGUUUCUAGCUCAUCCUUCUCUCAAAAUGGAUGAAAAAGAAAGACAUAAAGCUGUGGAAGGCCUUCUCAAUGCAACUGUUUUUGAGACAGUUGAACCCAUCAAUGUAAGCUAUAAUCUGUCUCUUUCUUCUGGGAAAACUUUGAAUGUGAAAGCCAGUCGAAUGGUGAGAUGGGACAAAGAUAGCUCUAAAAUCUUCACUCAAAAGAUUGACGAGUCUAAAGGGCCUGGAAAUCUCAUUGAGCGCGCUACAUAUUUCUCUCAAGUAAUAUCAGAGGGUGUGUUGUGGGAGCAUGGGGAACAUAUAGAUACACUGUCUGAGCUGCUCAAGUUGGCAUUUCUGCUGGAUUUCAAUGAAGAGGCAGUGGCUUUCUUAAUGAAAUCUAAGAAUUUGCAGAUUUUCUUGGAGGACGAGAAGUUCAUUUCUUCAACCUUCCCAUCUGACUAGGAGGUAAUAAGUAUUAAUGUAGGUAGUUUACUUUCUAUGAAUGUAUUUGUCGAACUUAAUGGUUUGGUAGUUGAACUCUAUCAUAGUGAUAAGGGUCUUGAACUUUUGAUUUUCUAGAGUAAGUUUGUAAUGGUUUGUGAAAUUUGAAGUGGUAGUUAUAUAAAUAUGAAUCGCUUGCUACA